AUGAUCCCCAGCACGGGCCCCCGGAGCUGCUGCCUGCUUGUGCUGCUCUGCCUUCUCCCCUGCCCGCGGGUCUGGGCAGGCAGGGAUGCCGUGGGACCGGCGCUCUCUGCAGCCUCCUUCCUGCAGGAUCUCCUCCAGCGGUACGGUGAGAGCGAAACCCUCAGCCUGAAGCAGCUCAAGGCCCUGCUUUUCCCCAGGCCGCUCCGGACCGGUCGGGAGGGGGGGGUGGAAAGCCCAAAUCUCUCCCAGCCACCACAGCAGCGGGUGAACCUCUCCCGGUGCUUCAGCUCCAUCGAGCUUUUUGCCAUCCACAACCUGAGCGAGGGCUCCGCCGUGGGGCACAGCGAGUUCAAGGAGUUUUGCCCCACCAUCCUGCAGCAGCUGGAGUCUGGGGCGUGUGCCUCUGAGAAGCUGGAAAAUGAGGAAAAUGAGCAGACGGAGGAGAGCAGACCCAGCUCGGCCGAAGUCUGGGGUUACGGUUUCCUCUGCGUGACCGUCAUCUCCCUCUGCUCGCUGGUGGGAGCCAGCGUGGUGCCCUUCAUGAAGAAGACCUUUUACAAGCGGCUGCUCCUCUACUUCAUAGCUCUGGCGAUUGGAACUCUCUACUCCAACGCCCUCUUCCAGCUCAUUCCCGAGGCGUUUGGAUUCAACCCUCAAGAAGCUUAUUACGUUUCCAAAUCCGCCGUGGUGUUCGGGGGCUUCUACCUCUUCUUCUUCACAGAGAAGGUCCUGAAGAUGCUCCUGAAGCAGAAGGACCAGCAUCACCACGGGCACAGCCACUACGGCCCCGAGGCUUUGCCGUCCAAGAAGGACCAGGAGGAUGGGGUCACCGAGAAGCUGCAGAACGGGGACCUGGACCACAUGAUCCCACACAUAACCAGCGAGCUGGAGUGCAAGACCCCCUCUGGGGAUGAGAAGGUUGUGAUGGGCUCCCUCUCUGUCCAGGACCUGCAGGCCUCCCAGAGUGCGUGUUACUGGCUGAAGGAGGUGCGGUACUCCGACAUCGGCACGCUGGCGUGGAUGAUCACCCUCAGCGACGGCCUCCACAACUUCAUCGACGGGUUGGCUAUCGGGGCCUCCUUCACCGUCUCCGUCUUCCAAGGGAUCAGCACCUCGGUGGCCAUCCUCUGCGAGGAGUUCCCGCACGAGCUGGGUACUGCUGUCCUGAUGCUGCUGCUGCUCGCCCAGUGACAGGCGCUCUUCUUCAACUUCAUCUCUGCCUGCUGCUGCUACGUGGGCUUGGCCUUCGGCAUCGUGGCCGGCAGCCACUUCUCUGCCAACUGGAUCUUCGCUCUGGCCGGAGGGAUGUUUCUGUACAUCGCGCUGGCUGACAUGUUCCCCGAAAUGAACGAGGUCAGCCGGGAGGACGAGCAGAAUGGCAGCACGCUGAUCACCUUCGCCAUCCAGAACGCGGGGCUGCUGACGGGGUUCACCAUCAUGGUGCUGCUCACCAUGUACUCCGGCCAGAUCCAGAUAGGGUAG